CCUCUACAAUCCGUACGCCGCCUGCAUUACACGAUCCUAUUUUUACAUACAACCUACUUAAUGUCAUCGAAAAAUCUCUUUCGCUUUAUGAAUAUUGGAAGUUUACUUUUACUAUUCAUGUCUUAUAAAAUGGGAUCUCUCAUAUGGGGUCCCAAACCCAAGCAUCCCCAGAUCAAACCAGUACCAGGAGAACAGUAACAUUACCAAGUGUUUGACUAUGAUACAGAAGUCUAUAUGUGAGCCCCAUGCUGAGUAAAAAGAUAAUUAAGAAACUGUAGAAUUUAGUACUGGCUUCAUAGUAUAUUUUAUAUAAAAUGGCUCAAAAGCAGAUGCUGAAAACUACACAUCAUAUUUACUUUAAGGAGGACUUGGUGGCACAUGGUUCAACUUGUGAAGUUUACAAAGGUUAUAAUAAGUUGACUGGAGAAGUACGUGCACUAAAAAUACUCAACGUCCAAUACCACAAAAAUAUGUCUGUUUCUUUCCAAAGAGAAACAGAAGCUCUUCUCCGACUUCAACAUCCCAACAUAGUCACAUUUUACUCUGUGGAAAGUGAGAACCUUAGAGGAAAUCAAGUUUUGGUCACAGAAUUCUGUAGUGGUGGAACAUUAUCAAGCUUCUUAAGGGAACCAGAAAAUUACAAUGGUUUGAGUGAUGAGGAAUUUUUAAUAUUUUUUCAUGAUAUUGUUUGUGGUAUGAAGCAUUUACGUAAAAAUGGAUUUGCACAUAGAGAUAUCAAACCACCGAAUAUAUUGCGAUGCCAAAAUGAAAGAAAAACUGUAUAUAAACUUACUGACUUUGGUUGUGCAAAACCACUUCAAGACGAAGAAGAAUUCAUGUCAUUGGUUGGAACUGAAGAAUAUCUGCAUCCAGACAUCUACCAGUCUGUAUUUUUUGAAAGAUCAAAGCAGCCAUUUACUGUUUCUGCUGAUCUUUGGAGUCUUGGUGCCACACUAUACCAUUCAGCAACUGGAAUACCUCCCUUCAUACCAUAUGGAGGUCGUGAAAAUCGGGUUGAUAUGUUUCAAAUGUUAACAAAUAAACAGUCUGGUGUAGUGUCAGGAAUUCAGAAACAUCCAGGAGGAGAUAUUGAAUGGAGCAAUGAUUUACCAGAAUCAGCGUCAUUGUCUCUUGAACUCAAAUUUUUGAUCCUUCCUGUAAUAGCUGGAUUACUAGAAAAAGCCUCUCAGAAAAUAUGGACAUUUGAGAAAUUCUUCAGACAUGCUGAUGAAAUCAACAGCAUGAUUCUUAUAAAAGUUGUGGACACCAUCAAAGUAGAAAUUUUGCAUUUGUACUUGAAGCCAACUGAUUGCUUCAGUGAGGUACAGAAGAAACUGGAAACACAUUCUGCUGUUGAGUUAAAAGAUCAAAGAUUAUUAUAUGAAGGGCAAUUAUUAUCAGAAUCUCUAAAACCAAAUGAUCCAAUUACAAAGUCUUCAACAGUUCCAUUUCCUAAACCCAUCAUCCUUAUUUCUAAUCAACCUACCAACACAACCACUACACUUCACGAAGAAGCUGAGGAUAUUCCAGAGUUUGGGCCCUCAAGCAAUGAUGAUUUGAAGAUUGCUUCAUCACUAUGUGAACUUGCUUGUAAUUAUAUAAGAGAAGCGAAAAUAACGAAUCAGAUAAUGAAGCAUAUAUGUAAAUCAACCAAACACUUAAGGCUUCAUCAAAACACAGUACUUGAUCAACGCACAACUCUUUUAACGGGUAAGAAAGAAUGGUUCUUCGGUAUUUUAACAGCAACAGGUCUGGAUGAACUCUCUGGACGUGUCAUAGAAGAGGAAGAACUGGACUCCUUCAUCAAUAUCAAAAUUAAAACAGACCGAGAUAUGGAAAAAGCAUCUCAAUUAGUCCAUAAGAUAAAGAAGAAGAUUGAAGUCUGUGAUAACCAUGCAAAUGAUCUCCAGAAAAUGUGUAUUGUCCCCACGGAAUUCCAAGAAUUUCUCUACUCUAGUGAUCACUGUUUUUAUGAAAAUAGAUGUUGUAAUAUUUUAUCAGAUUUGAUGGAUAUUGCCAAAGAAGUGAUGAUUUCUUUAAUCUCAUCCAAACAGCGAGGUGGUUAUACUUCUGUGUAUUCCAAAUCACAAUUCAAUGACAUACAGAAAAAACGGUUAUCCAAAUGUGUACAAGACAUUAUUAAUCACACGACAAGGCACUGUUUCCCUAUUAAUGAGAAAAUAUUUAAAUUAUUCAAUGAAUAUCACACAGAUUAUCUGGAAACCGACCGACAGCUAAGUGAGAUGCAUGAAGAAACCAAAAGCCUUACUGAAAAUAUCCAGGAAUUAAAUAGCUGCUUAACAAACCCUUUCAUGCGGGGCUACACAAAUACGGAGUCCCAGAAACAUGCGAAAAAGGAGGAAAAAAGAAAAAAAAUCUUGAAAGCGUUACCAAAAGUCAAAAGCAAGAAAAUCCAUAAACAUUUAAAAGCUAAAUUCUAUGAAGACAGCUUAGAAGAAAUUCAACAUGAUGAGGUUGAUUCAGAACAGCUAAAAGAGGAAGCUGAUGAAAUUAGUGAAAGAUUUGCUACACUGAAAUUUCCAGCACCAUACAUUCCUGAAGCAGUUGUUUCCGAUUCUGAAAUAAUUAAUUAGCUGGGAAACCUUUAUUCUGUCCAAAUCUUAGUUUCAAAAAAUAUAUCAUUUAAGUGCAACUCUCAUUUUGGAACUGAUUGUCAUCUUCACAAUGUUUCAUUAUUACUAAUUCCAUUAUUAUCUUGUGAAAUAGACUGGCUGUUUAUAAUUAUAUGCUAUGGUACCCUAUACAUUGGACCACAAUAAUUAACCAUGAUAUUAGAUCUGGUUCUUUCUCAAAUUAUGCCUUUGCAAUGAUAUGGAUUUUUCCACCAUGACUGGGAUUUCCGUUAUGAGCAAAUGUGCCUUAAUGUAAAUUUUGUCAACUGUAUCACAAUUAUCAAAAAUAACGGAAUAGAAGUCUCUGAAUUUAAUCAGAGACUUUCUAUUACUGCAGCGACAGAACCAAGCAUCUGUUACACACCUGAAGAAAUAGCUCUGAAGAGAAGGUAACUUAAUGGAUUAUGAUAAAUUAUUUAAAGCAGGAACCAGGUAAUACCCUUCCAGUUUUAACAUCACAAUCAUCUUAGAAAAGUGACUGAUGAUCUUGAAAUUUCUUUGGGUACAAGUUAUAAAACAGAUAGCAUGACCUUCAUAAAUUGCAAAAUAAACAUCCUCACUCUUACCCUUUCUCUGAAAAUAUUCUGUAAUGCAAGAUGUCAAAGUAGUAUUUAGUAUUUUAUUGUCACACUUCAUCUUAGGAUCAUUGCUGGUUUCGUUUGUAUCCGAGAGAUUUGGUGAGAUGUUUCAAACUGGCUCAUCUAUGCAGUUAAUGAUAACAGGAACCCAAGUACAAGGUGCUUAGCUAUCAAAGUAUGGCUUAGGAAUGGCCAGCCAGUAAAAUUACUAUGAAUAAAACAGUAUAAGCAAAUAAAGUUGCUCCUAUUUUGUAAAAAAAAA